UCUCUCCCUGGACCACUCCACGUGCCCCGGCAUCGGAGGCAUCCCUUCGCGGGGGGCUGCGGUCAUGGAGCCCCAGCCAGAGCGGCGUCCCUCGGCGGGCGGGGGGAGCCCCGCGGCGCUGGAAGUCCCAGCAGCCGCGAAUGCGCCUAGUCCGGAACAAGGCCGGCCCGGGGGGCCGGUCCCUCUCCCAAGGCCGAUGCUCCAGCGGCGACCGCUCCCCAUGUACCAGCAGGUGCCGGAGGCGAUCUGCACCACGGACACCUUGCGGCCUCUGGAUGAGGGCGAGGAGCUGUCCCCGGAGCCCGAGCCCGUGCCGCUGACCCGCAGCCCCAAGCAGACGAGCCUCCUGGCUUACUUGUACCCGCCGGCCGAGCCGGACCAAAAGAAAGACGCGGAGUUACCCAGCCAGCCCCCCGCGGCUCAGGAGCGCGGGAAAGCCCCAGAGGGUCCGCAGAAGGCGGGCGAGAAGCCCCCGCCGUGUCCCAAGCCCGGCGUGGUGUUCUCGUCCAAGUUCUCCAGUCCCGAGCCUUUGGGGCCUGACCAGAAGCCGGAGCUCCCGCUGGACUUGGAGAGUGGGCUGUCCACCAGGGUGAUAUACAGUGUGGACCCCGAGAGCGAGGCCACAGCCGGGCUGGGGAGAGAGCCCUCCGCUUGCCUUUUCAAGCUGGCGCCCACGGAAGUGGACGUGGAGCCCCCGGAUAAUGUCCGGCCUGUUUACCUUGGGAAAUUUUUUGACCGGAAUCCUGGCUGGCCAACUGCAGGGAAACUUAAUCCAGUUGGAUAUAGAACUGAAAACUGUUUGACUGAAAAAUGGCCUCGACCUGUGACUCCACUCAAUGAGAGAAAGUUUUAUAAAUCGAGGUAUCCAGAUCCUGGUACUGAACGUAUAUUUUAUGGCAGAGCAAAUGAUCCUGAUGUCUCAAAUUUGAUACAUGGUAAAAAAUACGAUAUGUCACUCAAGAUGGGUCAUUUGAUCAAUCCACUUCCUAUAACUACAUUUCAACAAAGAUUUAAGGAAACAAAAGAAUCCAUCUAUUUCAGUAAUCGGAGAGCGCCAUUAGGGAGGUCCCACGAUCAAACGCAAAAUUUACCUGAAUAUGUUGAUACAGUUUAUACAACAUUUGGAGCACAACACUUCAGAGACUUACCUGCUGGAGAGGUAGUGAAUCCACCUAAAUCUUCUAAACAAGUAUCUGAAGAAGCAGAUCAAGGACAUGAUCUGUAUAUUAUAUCCCACAACGAUUAUUAUGCAGGGGAAAAGAAGAAUAGGAAAUAUAACCCAGAAAGCUUUAGUAGGUGUGAUAUUUUUGGAGGGAUAACGCCACAUUUUAAUGAUGGUCGAGUUGCAGCAAAAUCUUUACGGUGGCUCCACGAACUAGAAAUGAAAAAAGGCAGUAAAAUAGUUUCCAAAAGAGUUGACGAUUUCAAUGAAAAGUUUCAGCACAAACUUGGAAAAGUCUGGGAUCCCAUUGCAGAAACAAUGAACCUUCCACCAAACCACACGUUUGGAGCAUUGCUACGGCCAGAUAAUUAUGGAGCUGCUGAUGUCAUUUACAACCGGCACCCUGACCAUUUCCAGCGUGGCAAGGAUAGGCAGCGGGCUGUCCUGGCAGCCAUUCGUCAGCACCUGAAGAAAGUGAAUUAUCACAACUUUGACUCUUUGUUGGCUGCGUUCCGGCAUUUUGACGUGAAUGGAGAUGGGAUGAUAGACAAACAAGAGCUCCAGAGAGCCUGCUCUCAGAUGAACCUAGAACUAAGCGAUGUGCUCCUGAACGAACUGUUUAAUUACUGUGAUUUGGAUGGGGAUGGCAUGAUUAAUUACCAAGAGUUUGCUAAUUUUCUGAACUGGAAAGACUUGAUGCCCAUUAAGGAAUAUGAAGAGAAGAUCCUCCUCACAGGGAAAAAACUGUCAGAAGAUCCUGAGCGCCAACUCGCUACUGAUACAGAAGCGGAUAAAUCCAUUCCUCUGAUCAAACCUGAAGAUAUUGUGCAAGAACAACCUGGGAAAGACAUGAAGACUCCCCGGACUCUAACAAGACCAACAGAUAAAGUAUUUUCUGAUUAUAAAACAACAUCUUCUCAAAUUAAUGCAGUGGUAGGAGGCAUCUCUCCAAAGAGUAUUCCCGUGUGUGGUAUUCCAACGAUUCGUACUGAUCUCCCUGCCCCUCGUUUUCGUCGUAUCAGCGAUAAAACCGAUUACGGUGAUUUAGGCACUUCUUACACAUUAUUACACCCAUCCAUCUACAGUGAAAAGGGAGUGUUUGAAACAGACUUCUUUAAGGCUAGAUCAAAAGAUGAGAUUGCUCGGAUAUUACGGAAUAUUGGUGUCAAUCUUACUGAUGAGAACUUUGAACUUGUGUGGAAUUUGGCUUCUAAGAAACAUCACAAAGGAGAAGUUUGUGUAGAGUCUGUGAGAAAUGUCCUGGAUGAAAUGCAGCAUGCUGGAAGAAUCAGAAGGAAUCAAGUAUAAUAUGUCUUGUGAUUUUUGUGAAGUUGAUUCUUUUCCAAAAAGGAAUGCGACUUUACAUGUUACUUUAAACAUUUAAUUUUAUAUACAUUCAGAUUUAAUCUAGAAUUAGAUAUUCUAUUCUAUUCUGUAAUCACUGUGGGAGAUCUUAUAUGUUAUAUAUUGCAAAUAAAUUAGGUUUUUUAUCCUCAAAA